AUGUUCUCCCUAAGAGAUUUCCUCUUUAUUCUUUGCCUGUCCUUGAGGGUCCUCUCAGCGCCUCUCCCGGGAGUUUUAUCCGCCGAUAAGGAAUUUCUGCAGAUUAACAAGGAAUUCAGCAGGAAAAUCAUAAGAGAUGCAGAGAGACUGAUAAACGAUUUGUGUCGGAAUGAAGGUUGGUGUGAGAAGAGUCAGUUGACAUUCUUUCAGCUCCAGGACGUGCCUCUGGACCAGUGCCAGGCUGGUUCCUUUAGCCAGGAGGGCUGCUUCUCUCAACUGUCCAAUGGGCUGAUGGAGCUGCAGAGAAGAGUUAUGGCCAUGCCUGGCCACCUACCCAAGGAAAACCUUCAGCGACUGGAAAAGGACAUCAGUGACUUGUUUGUCAACAUCCAGGAAGAGAUGGAGGCACAAGGCAUAACAGCCCAGAACUCCCCUUCUCAGACAUCACUGCCCACAAGCACCAGUACCUUCCACCAGAAAGCCACCAUGUUCCUCAUCCUUUCCGACUUGGCCGACUUCAUGAGAACCUUGCAUAGUCUACUGGCAUAAGGAGGCCACAGUGACUAGCGAUCUGGUUUAAUAUUCAAACUUGCAUCCCGCUAACCAGCUGCCGCUUUCAACUAGAACCCCCCAAUUGCAGAGGUUGCAAUGGCACCAGUACAAGUAGUGAAUAUUUCACUUUUUUUUGUAAAAUGGAAAAAUAACCUUCCCCCCCCCAACUCCAUCAUCAAAUAUGAGAUUGAAAUGUUCUAUUUAUUUAUUUAUCUAUGUAUUUAUAUUUGAUUGUAUUUAACAUGUUUUUUUUAACUAUUUAUAUUUGGCUAUUUGUUAGUAUUUAUACCAUUCGUGUUUAGAAUGGAAAAAACUUUUGUAUGGUUCAGAAAGUUUAUUUAUUAUUAUUUAAUAUGGUUAAUUUAUAGAUCAUGGGCUUUAGGGAAAUAGCCAACAGCUAAAAAAUUCACCCAAGACUGUAGAUAAAAUUGAAUCUGUUUCACCAACAGGUUUUAUUUCUUUCUUAUACUUGAUAUAUGAAAAAGGUUAUAUGUUUGGACCCACCAGAGAACCUGAGACCCACUCUCCCAGCAUUUACAUAUAGAGUAGAUGUUGUGCCAAAUGGUUUUUAUACAAACCAUGAUAGAAAUACGGGUGGGCUGAUUGUAAUUCUCCUAAGGAUUUUAUUUUUAACUACAGUAACACUUUCCCUUUAAGGCAAUUCCCAUGAUCAUUGUUUGUUAAUAUUUUUAGGUUUCUACUACUGUUUACUUGAAAAACAUGUUGCCCUUUUAUAUAAGGAUUUGAAUUCAGGAAGGAUGACACUUAUUAUUGUUAUCACUUGUAUGUUUUUAUAAGGAAAUGUUUUGCUGAGAAAAUAAAAAAUUGUUGUUUUUUUUAAUUAUUUGUCUUGGUUUCUUGUAGCAUUUUGCUUAAAUCCCAUCCGUGACCAU